GGCCGAUCCGUAUCCCGUGGAGGGUACUCCGUAGCCUAGUAUCUAUUCAUGCGAGAGAUAGGGUCUCCAGCAACCUUAGCCCUCACAUCCUCCCCUUGAGAAGCGGAGAGGAGAGGGACGGUGAUCCCAUUUCACAGACAGGAAAACUGAAGCCCUACGGGGGGCGGGCACUCGCCCCUUGCCCGAGGCUUGAGCUAGGGCUGUCGCUUGCUGUCCAAUGACCGUCGCUAGGCCAGCGUCCGACGUCCUUUGUUGAUGUAGGGAGUCAUGUCCUUGACGGAGCCCUGGGCCGAGCUCGUUUCCCCCUCCAGCUGAAGCCCGCCAUCCCAAGAAGCCGUGUUGACGGGUAGAGAAAAUGUUAGGGGCAGAUGAGGGGUUUUUGUUUGUUUUGUAUUUUGCUUUUUCAUUUUAAGACACAUCCAGUGAGGAAACAUCCAAGUUAUAAAAUUCAUUAGUAUACAGUCAUAAAAUGACUGCCCUCUGACCCCCAUGGGAACAUGGACUCCGCAACACAAGCCACAUUACGGCCGGGAAGUAGAAAUUAGAACUACUCUCCAGGAGUUGUUACUCUACUUAAUUUUUUUAGUAAACCUAUGUAUAUUGUCUUUUGGGAUGGUAAACCCACAUAUGUAUUACUUAAACAAAGUUAUGUCAUCGCUAUUUUUGGACACUUCGGUGGGUGGUGAUGAGAGAACCAACUUUAAGUCUAUUCGCAGCAUAACUGAUUUUUGGAAGUUUAUGGAAGGACCCCUUUUGGAAGGUCUGUACUGGGACUCAUGGUACAAUAGCGAGAAGUUGUAUGAUUUAAAGAACAGCAGUCGCAUCUACUAUGAGAACAUACUUUUAGGAGUCCCCAGAGUCCGUCAACUAAAAGUCCGCAAUAACACAUGCAAGGUCUAUUCAUCCUUUCAGUCUUUGAUGAGUGAAUGUUAUGACAGAUACACUUCUGGAAAUGAAGACCUGUCUGAGUUUGGCCUUAAACAGGAUACUGAAUGGACAUACUCUGCUCCUCGUACCAACUCCCCUUGGCACUGGGGAUUUGUUGGUGUUUACCAAAACGGGGGAUAUAUGUUCACUUUAUCAAAAUUGAAAUCUGAAACCAAAACCAAGUUCAUUAACCUUCGACUGAACAGCUGGAUCACAAGAGGGACUAGAGUUAUUUUUAUUGAUUUUUCAUUAUACAAUGCUAAUGUAAAUCUGUUUUGCAUCAUCAGAUUGGUGGCAGAAUUCCCUGCAACUGGAGGCAUACUUACUUCAUGGCAGUUUUACUCUGUGAAGCUCCUCAGAUAUGUUAGCUACUAUGAUUAUUUUAUUGCUUCCUGUGAAAUCACAUUUUGUAUUUUUCUUAUUGUCUUCACAACACAAGAAAUCAAAAAUAUAAGUGAAUUUAAGUAUGCCUAUUUCAAAAGUAUUUGGAACUGGCUAGAAUUGCUACUUUUGGCAUUGUGUUUUGUGGCUGUUUUCCUCAACUCAUACUGUAUUAUACAAGUUUUUCUCUUACUUGGAAAGCUGUUAAAAAAUACUGAAGAAUAUUCAGACUUCUAUUUUCUUGCAUACUGGCACAUUUAUUACAACAAUAUAAUUGCUAUUACUAUCUUCUUUGCAUGGAUAAAGAUAUUCAAAUUCAUAAGCUUUAAUAAGACGAUGUCUCAGCUGUCAUCAACCUUGUCUCGCUGUAUCAAAGACAUAGUAGGAUUUGCCAUCAUGUUUUUUAUAAUAUUCUUUGCUUACGCCCAGUUAGGAUUUCUUGUUUUUGGAUCACAAGUUGAUGACUUUUCCACUUUUCACAAUUCCAUAUUUGCACAAUUUCGAAUUGUUCUUGGAGAUUUUAAUUUUGCUGGAAUUCAGCAAGCCAAUCGUAUCUUGGGACCCAUUUACUUCAUCACUUUCAUCUUUUUCGUGUUUUUUGUCCUGCUGAACAUGUUCUUGGCAAUAAUUAACGAUACCUAUUCUGAAGUGAAAGCUGAUUAUUCAAUAGGCAGAAGGCCAGACUUUGAGCUUGGUAAAAUGAUUAAAGAGAGUUACCACAAUGUUCUUGAAAAACUCAAUCUAAGGAAACCUCAAAAGGAUGAAGACAAGAAAAAUAUGAAAAGUGGAGAUUUGGCUGAACAAGCCAGAAGAGAAGGCUUUGACGAAAAUGAGAUUCAAAGUGCAGAGCGGAUGAAAAAAUGGAAAGCAAGGCUUGAGAAAAAGUACUAUUCUACAGAAAUUCAAGAUGACUACCAGCCUGUCACUCAACAAGAAUUUCGAGAACUCUUUUUAUAUGCUGUGGAGUUGGAAAAAGAAUUACACUACGUCAGUUUAAAACUAAACCGAGUGAUGAGAAAGGUUUCAGCUCUACAAUAUUGAGAGAAGUGGAGUCAUUCUGUAAGAAAAAGGCAACCGAAGAAUUCAAUGUGAAGAUUUUCCUCUCAAUUUUCUUCAAUAAUGAAAAAAUAAUAAUAAUAAAGUUGAUAAUAACAAAAAGCUUGGAUUUCCAAAGUUCUUGAAGUUGAAA